CCAUCGUCAGGUAGAGCACCGCUAUCGAGACGAAGGGAGGAACUUGAAAUGCACAUAUAUUCUCCGAGGCUAUUCCAUCCAACACGGACCAUGUCUUCUCAUCUCAUCGCCCCGAUCUUCAACUUGCAUUCUUUCCGACAUGUCCAAGUCAGACCCGUCUCCUCCAAACACUCAUGCCAGUGAAAAGGAUGUUGCCGCGGGACAGGUGGCUUCUUGUGAUGUCGAUCCUACGCGUAUGGACAUGGUCGGCGGGAGUGUCAACAUGGACGAGUACCGCAGGACCGUCCCGCGGUGGAAGCGAGCCUAUAAGCACAGUCUGACGCAGAUGAUGCUGCUCAGCAUCCAGGCUUUCUGCGGCCCGGCCAUGUGGGACGCCAUUGCAGGCCUCGGUGGCGGUGGUCUUGCGACCCCUGAAACAUCCAACAUCUCUAACGCCAUCAACUACGCAGCCCUUGCGCUUGUCUGUCUGUUCGGCGGUCCUCUCGUCAACAAGAUUGGCGUCAAGUGGGCUCUGGUCCUUGGUGCCCUGUCCUUUCCCAUUCAGGGGUCGGCGUAUUACUGCAACAGCGCGUUUGGAAACCAGUGGUACCUGAUCUUUGCUGGUUUCAUCUCCGGCGUGGGAACCGGUUGCUGGUAUGUUGCCGAAGCCGGGGCCAUCAUGUCGCUAGCUCCUAGCGGAGCUCGAGGGAAGUAUCUCGCCCUCUGGAUCGUAUCGCGAAAUCUCGGACAGCUCGUUGGCGGUGCCAUUAACCUGGCUAAGAACCACGAAAAAGGCGUCGACGGCGGCGUCACUCCCGACACUUACGUUGUAUUCAUCGUCAUCCAGUGUUUGGCUCUGCCGUUCGCUUUCCUACUCUCUCCGCUCGAGCACGUUGUCCGCUCAGAUGGCACGCGCAUCCACGUCGCUGAGAAGCUCAAGACGCGCGACGAAUUCAAGCUAAUCAAGAUGACCAUGACUUCUCGCCUCAUCCUCCUGUCGGCCUUCUGGGCGCUGUGGUCAUUCUUUUACAGCGGCACCUGGUCUACCUACCUCGCCACUUACUUCUCGACCCGUGCCCGCGCGCUGUCCUCUCUCAUCUCUCCUUUCUUCUGCAUCGUCGGCUGUUUCGGCCUCGGCUUCAUUCUCGACCUGAAGGGCGUCAGCCAGCGCCGGCGCGCUCAACUAGGCCUCUGGACCGUCGUCAUCCUCAACGCGGCCGUCUACAUCUGGUCCAUUAUCAUGCAGGUCGACUUCAACCGCCACAGCCCGGGCCACAUCGAUUGGGACGAGCCGCUCUACGCCAGGUCCUUCCUGCCAUACUUCUUCGUCCAGACGACCGGCCCGCUGUCGCAGUCGUACAUGUACUGGCUCCUGUCGUCCUUUGCCACCGAUGCCCAAGCCAACGUCCGCAACGGCGCCGCCUUCCGCUGUCUCGAAGCCGUGGGGCAGGCCAUCUCGUAUGGCAUGAACACACAGAUCGAGACCAGUCCUUUGAUCGGAUUCAUCGUCUCGUUCGCUCUCAUGGUCGCUGCCGUCGGCCCCAUGCUGUUGCUGGUGCGCUCAACCCCGAAUAGAAUCCCUGCCGAUGUCGCCGUCGAGCAGCAGGAGAAGGCCCAUCUGGGCAAGCUGGGGGCUAUCGGGGAUGAGGAGGUGGGCAGGGGGUUUUAGCGCUCCGACCCCUCGAUGUGCGUAGUGGGCAAAGAAAGAGGCCAUUAUGACGGAUUGGGGGUAUGGAGGUUCGACACUUUCGGGCCACGCGCCAGAAACGUAGCUCCAAAGGAGACUGCUGCUCCCUUCAGCUGAAUUUUCAUGAUGUACCUGUACAUCGAUCGCCGCACGAAUUGGACUGAACUGUGUGAAAGUUC